UUGCUUAUACGUUUUUUCCCAAAAGGAACUGUUGACGCCCAGAAUCAUCCAUACACCUGAAAGUGAUGAAGCUUAAGCAACUAGAAAGUCUACUCGGUAAUCUUCAACAGUUCGACAAUCCCAAGAUUGAGCUGGAACAAUAUCCAACUGGAGCUCACAUUGCUUCUCGUAUGCUAUACACGGCAGAGAAUUCAUAUGGGGAUGUAAGCAACAAAGUAGUAGCAGACUUUGGAUGUGGGUGUGGCACAUUAGGUCUUGCUGCCACUCUCCUUGAUGCAGAACAUGUCAUUGGCAUAGAUGUUGAUGAUGAGUCCCUUGAAAUUGCAUCAAUCAACGCUGAUGAUCUGGAGGUCGAAAUGGGUUUAAUUCAAUGCGAAAUCAAGAAUUUAAAUUGGCGAGGUCAAAUUGUUGAUACUGUUGUAAUGAACCCUCCAUUUGGAACACGGAAAAAAGGAGUUGACAUGGAGUUUCUAUCUGUUGCAUUGAAGGUUGCUUCUGAAGCUGUAUAUUCAUUGCACAAGACAACAACAAGAGAACAUAUCAAAAGAGCAGCAUUGCGUGAUUACAAUGCUAGCAGUGCUGAGGUUAUAUGUGAGCUUCGAUAUGAUCUGCCAAAACUAUACAAAUUUCACAAGAAAAAAGACGUUGACAUUGCUGUUGACUUAUGGCGAUUUGUUCCUAAAUCAAAACAAGAAUCUUCUUCAUGAAAAAAGAUGUUGCAUUGACCACUCGCAUUAAAGAUGUUGACUUUGAAGACUGAUUUUGGGAUGGUUUUUAUGGUUUUUUUUGUUGGUAAUUUAUAAAUUGUGUGUAUAUUGUUAGUACAGAAAAAAUAUAAAGUUGGCUAUGAAUUAAAACAGUAUAAUUUUAUAAGUAGUUGUAACAUCAUUUCACUAUGUCUAAUUUGGUUAGCGAAUUUUAGAAAUUGUUG